CGCAUACGAUCCCUCUCUCUCUAGUUGAUUCUCUGAGGCCUCCACCGUUACUUUAUUGUCCUCCGCCUCAGCAGAUUCCUUCCCAGACCCAACCUUCAGCGACCCGUCUCUAUUUUUCCAAGCGAACUAGCGAAGCAUCUUUCCCUCCAAAACUCUUCCUUUCGCACUCAGAGAUUCCUUCGCUCUCUCACUCUCGCUCGCUUUCUCUCUAUCGUCCAGCCGCUAUUAAAGAUGUCUAUUGCCUUGUUCCCCCCCUUCCUUUAUCCCCAAACCCUCACUUCCUUCCUCCCUCUCUCUCUUUAUCGAUUUCCUUCUCUUUGUCUUUUUCGUUCCUUUGCGCUUCUUUUUAUAGCUUCAUGCACGCAGAGGGAAAGUCUGGGUUAAUGAAUUGGCUGUGGAAGGUUUUCAAGAGCGGCACCGGUCGAGGAGGGGAUGGAGGAGGUGGCCGACACCCUCAGAUCAUUGGUGAGGAAAACAAGGUUUUGCGUGCACCGUCUAGAUCCUUGGAUGAUAGUUCUGGUUCUCAAAAAGAAAAAGAGGAAUUAGAUCGUGCAACAACACUUUCCUUGGCUGAAGAUUCAAAGAAACGAAAUCCAUAUAGAUGGCGGACAGACAAUGAUGAAGAGCUUGCUAGGAAACUUCAGGGUAGCCUAAAUUCACCUUCACAUCCUUCUAAUUCCCUUGUACCAUAUUAUCCAAGGGAACAUGGGAUAUGCAAUGGUUGCAAACGUGACAUAGGCUAUGGCAAUUAUUUGGGAUGCAUGGGAACAUUUUUCCAUCCAGAGUGCUUCUGCUGUCGUGCUUGUGGUCACCCAAUUACUGAGCAUGAGUUUUCUUUGUCAGGGAGGGACCCUUAUCACAAGUCUUGUUUUAAAGAGCUGACCCAUCCCAAAUGUGAAGUUUGCCACCAUUUUGUUCCAACAAAUGCUGCUGGUUUGAUCGAGUAUAGGUGCCAUCCAUUUUGGUCUCAAAAAUAUUGUCCAUCACAUGAGCAUGAUAUCACUGCUCGCUGCUGUAGUUGUGAACGUUUAGAGUCUCGGAAUGCGAAAUACUAUAGUUUGGAAGAUGGUCGGCGUUUAUGCUAUGAGUGCAUGGAAUCUGCUAUCAUGGAUACUGGUGAUUGUCAACCCCUUUACCAUGCCAUAAGAGAUUAUUACGAAGGAAUGAACAUGAAACUAGAUCAGCAAAUUCCAAUGCUUCUGGUUGAAAGACAAGCCCUUAAUGAAGCCAUAGUCGGGGAGAAGCAUGGCUUUCAUCACGUGCCUGAGACAAGGGGUUUAUGUCUUUCUGAAGAACAAACUGUCACCAGUAUACUCAAAAGGCCGAGAAUUGGUGGCCACCGACUUGGAGGAAUGAGAACUCAACCCCAAAAGCUUACUCGAAAAUGUGAAGUUACGGCUAUUCUUGUUCUCUAUGGUCUUCCAAGAUCCAGAUCUGAGCUUCUCUCUAUCCCUUCUGAUUGGGCUUUAGACUCACUGUCUUUGAAGGAGAUCCUGCUUUCGUUGUGUUCUCUUACUCUAGAUGGUUUUUUCUAUCAUUUAGGUCUAAUGAUCUGCAUCCUUCCCUAGUUGCAUUCCAAUGAAGUUCCUUGGAGUUUUCUUACUCCUGAUGGUUGUAUCCAUUAUAUUAGGCUGCAUUCUUCCUUGGUUGCAUUCUCAUUUGACUUCCACUUACCUGAUUUUCCUCCGGUGUAGUGAGGUGCUAGUUGUCUGUCUAGUUUGGGUGUAACAAUUGAGUUGCUUGUAUUUGUUUCCGUUCUUUUCUUUUUCUUCUUCUUCUUGUUGUUGUCUGUAGUUCUUUCUUAUGUACUUAAAAAAAAAUAAUAAUAAUAAAAAAAUCUUCUCCACAUGAAAACACACCCAACAACACUGAAACAUCUACAUGUCUUACAUGUGAGAAAUGCUACACAUGCUCCAAAGUGCUCACUUCCUAACGUAACAGUGAAAAUCACUAUUGGAUGCUACAUAUAUACUUUCAUUUGUUAUUUCAUUUACUUGUGAUUUUUAUUGUCAUGUCAAGAGGUGAGCACUUGAGAGUGAACACUUGAAAGUAUGUGUAGCACUCCUUGCAACACAUUAUUGAGACAACUUCUUAUCAGUCCAACAAACAGAACAAUUCAAAGCUAGAAGAUGUUGCAGAUAAGAGAUCUUCAACUCAAACACAAGAUAAUGAUAACAAAGUGUUAGAUAAAGAUAAGAUUGUGUAAUUCAUAUUUAAAUUUUGUAAAGAGAAAUGCUACACACACUAUCGCUCCCACUUCUACACUCUCAAGUACACUCUCUUGUGUGAUAGUAAAAAUCACACAUUGGAUCCAAAAUCAUAUAGUAAUUCAUCCAAAAUUCGAUGAUGAUUUUCACUGUUAUGUCAGGGAAUAUUAGAGUGAAAGUGUGUGUUGCAUUUCUCUUUUGAAAAUGAUGUAACUAAAGCCAGACUAUAAAAUUAUUCUUAUAUAAACGAGUAACAGCUCCCAUUGAUGAGCAUGGGAAGCCUAUUCACCAAUUCUAAUAUUAAACUCUUCACAUGAAACAAAAAUGAGGAUUACCAAAAUUUGAACCAAAGACCUUAUAUACAACUCUGAGACCAUCUAUCCUUAUAACUGUCAGGGAGCGGACCAAUUAAGUAUAUCAACUUCACAAGUGUGUUAACACUAAGAAGAUCCACUUCUUCACAAAAAAGUAUUUCAUAUCUCACUGUUUUUAACAUCUUUGCUGG